CGCGCCGCCGCCCGGGGCGGGGGAGUCGCGGAGAGUGGAUGCCUAGCAGGCACCCACGGGGCAGAGACCAGCGGACGCCAUGGGCUGCUGCAGCUCUGCCGCGCAGAGUUCCAAGCGAGAGUGGAAGCCUUUGGAAGACCACAGCUGCACAGAUGUACCAUGGCUGCUCUUAUUCAUCCUCUUCUGCAUAGGAAUGGGUUUUAUCUGUGGCUUUUCAAUAGCUACAGGAGCAGCUGCAAGACUGCUUUCAGGAUAUGACAGUUAUGGAAAUAUUUGUGGACAGAAAAAUGUCAAGGUGGAGGGUAUAGUCAACAGUGGUCUGGACCUCACACACAAGAAGUAUGUAUUCUUCUUGGAUCCAUGCAACAUUGAUCUAGUACAUCAGAAGAUUAAGUCUAUUGCCUUGUGUGUAUCAGCUUGCCCAAGGAAAGAAUUGAAAACUCUGGCUGAUAUACAGAAGUUUGCAGAAACUAAUGGAUCCACUCUGUGUAGCUAUGAACUACAGCCAUCAGAAUAUACAACAGACCCAAGGGCUGCCAAGUUAUGUCCUAAAUAUCCUGUUCCAGAGAGUGCACCUAUUCCAUUCUUCCAUCGCUGUGCUCCUGUGAACAUUUCCUGCUAUGCCAAGUUUGCAGAGGCCCUGAUCACCUUUGUCAGUGACAGUAGUGUCUUACACAGGCUGAUUAGUGGAGUUAUGACCAGCAAAGAGAUUAUAAUGGGACUUUGCUUGUUAUCACUAGUGUUGUCCAUGAUUUUGAUGGUUAUAAUAAGGUACAUUUCAAGAGUACUUGUCUGGAUUUUAACAAUUCUUGUCAUUCUGGGAUCGCUUGGUGGUACUGGAGUCCUGUGGUGGCUCUAUGCUAAACAAAGAAUGUCCGCUGGUGCUCUUGAGACCCAAAUAGCCAAAGACAAUCUUCAGGCUCUCUUGAUCUAUGCCAUUGCAGCUACAGUCUUCACGGUUGUCUUGUUCUUGAUCAUGUUAAUUAUGCGCAAAAGAGUAGCUCUCACCAUUGCCUUGUUCCAUGUGGCUGGCAAGGUCUUCAUUCACCUGCCACUGUUAGUCUUCCAGCCAUUUUGGACAUUCUUUGUGCUUAUCCUCUUCUGGACAUACUGGAUCACUGUCCUGCUUUUUCUUGGUACUACAGGUAGUCCUGUCCCAAAUGAAGAAGGAUUUGUUGAAUUUCGGAUGGCAGGUCCUUUGAAAUACAUGUGGUGGUACCACGUAGUGGGACUCAUCUGGAUCAGCGAGUUUAUCCUAGCCUGUCAGCAGAUGACAGUAGCAGGGGCUGUUGUAACAUACUAUUUUACAAGGGAGAAAAGAAAUCUGCCAUUUACUCCUAUUCUGGCAUCUGUUAAUCGCCUUGUUUGUUACCAUCUAGGAACAGUAGCAAAAGGGUCUUUCAUUAUCACACUAGUGAAGAUACCACGAAUGAUUCUUAUGUAUAUUCAUACACAACUCAAAGGAAAGGAAAAUGCUUGUGCUCGCUGUAUGCUUAAAGCCUGCAUUUGCUGCCUUUGGUGUCUAGAGAAGUGCCUGACAUAUUUAAAUCAGAAUGCGUAUACAGCCACAGCUAUCAACAGCACCAAUUUCUGCACCUCAGCAAAGGAUGCCUUUGUUAUCCUAGUGGAAAACGCUUUGCGAGUGGCUGCCAUAAACACAGUUGGGGAUUUUAUGCUGUUUCUAGGAAAGGUCCUGAUUGUCUGCAGCACAGGUUUGGCUGGCAUUAUGUUGCUGAAUUACCAACGAGAUUACACCAUCUGGGUGCUGCCACUCAUCAUUGUCUGCCUCUUUGCAUUCCUGGUUGCUCACUGCUUCCUUUCCAUUUAUGAAAUGGUUGUUGAUGUCCUUUUCUUAUGUUUUGCCAUCGAUACAAAAUACAAUGAUGGUAGCCCUGGCAGGGAAUUCUACAUGGAUAAAGUUCUCAUGGAGUUUGUGGAGAACAGUAAGAAAUCUAUGAAAGAAGCUGGCCGGGGAGGUGGAGCUGAGGGCAGAGAGCUAAAACCAAUGGCCUCUGGAGCAAGUUCAUCUUGAAACUAGCCAGCCAUAUUGGAACCCAUUGACAUUCCAAAACAGUAUAUAUAUACAUAUAUACAUACAUACAUAUAUAUAUAUAUAUAUAUAAAUAAACAGCCAAAAUCAGAGAAAAGGAACAGGGAUUUAAAACUUUUUUUAACAAUUAUUUUUGUGAAACAUGUACUCUUUUCAUACGGGUGGCUUUUACAAGCAGCUUUAUCAUUGUUCCAUUUCUUAAGUUAUUUGUUGUGGUCAUGGAAAUGUUGAUUCUUAUCUGCUUGAUAUUUUAAAAUCUGGAAGAAGUAUCAUUGUAAAGAUAAUCUGAAAUCAUGACUGGGUUUAGAGACAGAUUUCCCAUGACACUGCUAAUCUGCUGAGAGUUUUACUUGUUUAAUUUCUUUAAAAUUUUCAUUAAAUUCAGGACAGUGACAUGUACAGAAAACCUUACAUCAAGAAAAGUUUCGAGUUUAUUUUUUCAAGAGGUUGUUUCAGCAAAAAUUUGUUCCGUUGAAAUGUGUUUGUAAGCAGUUAUUUUACUUUACAGCCCUGGCAGGGCACAGUUCUGUUUACCAGUAUCAGAUAUCACAAUAACCAACUCCUCAGGUAUUUAGGUGUGUGGGAGCCCUUGCAUCUCCUAUUAAACAGAACCUACAAAAUGGGGACAGAUAAUUUUUAUAUGCAAUUAACUUCCUGCUUACCCUACUUUUACCCCUCAUACCCAUUGCCCUCUAUCCUCCCCCUGAGUUCAGUAGCCUCCUUCACACUUCAGCAUUGUUUGUUUGAAGGGUAUGGAUUCUCCAUACAGGCAAGUGAAAUAACAGAUUUUUAAAGCUCAGUCUUAGCCAUACUCAUGAUUAAUUCAUGACUAGAUACAAAGAUGCUGAGGAUGGGAAGAGAAAUGAAUUGUACUGCUGUACAUAAAAAAGUACUGUAUGCUUCAUUUCAUCUAAUGAGAGAGCUCUGGGAGGUAAAAAGGAUCAUUCCUUGCCUGUUGCUUGAUCCAUAUUUGUACAUACUGUAGUGAGUGGCUAAAGCCAGAAAGGGCAGAGAAACAUUCCUUUGGAAGUGUAGCUCCCAGGAUAGUUAUCUGAAAUUAUUAAAGAGAACAUGCUGCUUUAUUAUUAUUAUAUACAUAAUAUACAUAAAUAUCUCUUCAGUCUGGAAGUUCACCAGAUAUGAAUGCUAAUAUUCAAUUAUUCAGCAUAGUGAAUUGGUAAAUGCAUAACUGUAUUUGCUAAGAAUUUAUGAUCCGUCUAUGCUAUAUAUUCCUUUUGUUAACAUUUUUUUAAGAAAACUAUUUUUGUUAUUGUAAAAUUAAUAUUUCAGAGCAGAAUUUUUAAACUUAUUGCACUAAAUACAAGCUGUCUACAAAUAAUGAUGCCUCAAUGGUUCAAUCACUCCAUUCCAGAAAAUCUUUUGAAAGAGUAAGAGCCUUUCUACAGAAGCUUUAUGAUGGAGUAGAGAGGUAUGUCUAGGUAAAGACAUGCACAACUUGUGUAAUCAAGGUUUAGUAAGUAAGCAGUUAACUGUGCUUCCUUUCAGACUAUACCAGACUUCUAAAUUGCUGCUGAAGGUUUAAAUAAUUAUUUAGUGUCAUUUAGCUAACUAGUGCUCUUAUCUUUUUUGGCAAUAGUAAAAUGUUUCACUUUUGCUUCCAGAAGUCAUUUGAUAACUUAAAUUUGUUACUUUUUUUCCCUGUAAGCCAGUUAAAACAAUUUACACUUUUCAUAUCACAGAACCCAAACUAUUUGAAUGGUACAAAAAUAAAGAUACAUUCAGAAAGGAUAGCUGUUGGGGAGGCAAAGAGACUUCUCCAGUCCUGGAAGCACUUACUCAUUUAAGUGAACC